AAGAAAAAUGGUACAUGGCGUAUGUGUUGUGAUAGCAGAUCCAUAAACAAGAUUACCAUCAAGUAUCGGUACCCCAUACCGAGACUUGAGGACAUGCUGGAUGAGCUUCACGGUUCCAAGGUGUUCUCGAAAAUCGAUCUACGAAGUGGCUACCAUCAAAUUCGAAUUUAUGACGGAGAUGAGUGGAAAACAGCCUUCAAAACCAAGUUCGGGUUAUAUGAAUGGUUAGUCAUGCCAUUCGGCCUCACCAAUGCACCCAGCACCUUUAUGAGGUUGAUGAACCAAGUUUUGAAGCCCUUCCUUGGUCACUUUGUCGUUGUUUACUUCGACGACAUCUUGAUCUACAGUCGCAGCGAAGAGGAGCAUAUUAAUCACCUCACUUUGGUGAUUAAGAAGUUAGACGAGGAGAAGCUGUACGGGAAUCUUGAGAAGAGCCAAUUCUUUUCUCAGGAAACAGAGUUCUUGGGAUACUUUAUCUCGAGUGAAGGAAUCAAAGUUGAUAAAAAAAAGACUCAGGCCAUAAGGGACUGGCCCGUUCCCACGUCAAUGCAGCAAGUUAGAAGUUUUCAUGGACUUGCAUCUUUCUACCGGCGAUUUGUGAAGGAUUUCAGCACCAUAACUGCCCCCCUCACGGAUUUGACGAAAAAUCAGAAGUUCGAAUGGAAUCCUAAAACCCAACUAGCCUUCGAAGCAAUCAAGGAACGCUUAACGCAUGCUCCCGUGUUAGCCCUUCCUAGUUUUGAGAAACUAUUCGAGGUUGAAUGUGAUGCCUCAGGAGUUGGCAUUGGGGCUGUCCUAUCUCAAGACGGACAUCCAGUUUCAUACUUCAGUGAAAAG